AUGAAGAUAUUAGAUCCAGAUACAGACUACUCUUCAGAUGAUUCUGAAUUCAUACUGAAUGAGAACAAAGAAAGUGAUAAUAUUACAAGUGUAGAACCAAAAGUUUUGACUAGAAAGUCGAAAACAAUCAAAGACAAUGUUGAUGCAAUAUGGGCAGAAUUAAAUAAAGACCAAUUGAUAAAGACUGAUUCUGUUCAAGAAAAAAUUUCAACCAGUUCAGAAAGCACGAAAAACGAGUUCUAUCCAACAUUUGAUAAAAUGAUUACAAUAACUCAAACUUAUGAAUUUGCUGGGGAAAUUAUGAAGGAACAAAAACGAGUUUCUAUAAAUUCUGAGGAAGCAAGAAGUUAUCUUGAAAAAAUCAAUUUAAAUUCAUCUAAAACAUCACUUGAUAAAAAUCAGCAAUCUCCAAAAAAGCCUCGAUCACCUAUCGCAGAAGCCAUUUCAAAACGUGGAAGAUUUGGUAGACCGAAAUCGAAUCUUAGCGAAAUUGCUGCUUCAUUAAAAAAAAAGCCAUCAAAAAUUAAUACAUUGGAAAAAUCUAAAAUGGAUUGGAAAAAAUAUGUGGAUAAAGAAGGACUUGUUGAUGAACUUAAAUAUCAUAACAAGAAUGGCUUCAUAGAGAAACAAGAAUUUUUACAACGUGUCUAUGAUGCGCAGAAUUCUGAAAUAAAAACAUUAAAAGAUAAGAGUAAAACAGUGAAAUAA